CGCGGGUUUUUGUGCUCGGCCCUGGCGCGGGAGCGGCGGGCAUGGAGCUGGGGACCGGGCAGUUCGCGCAGAGCCUGCCCCGCCUGCGGGCGCUGGUCCUGGGCUGCGACUUCCUGGGGCUCGAUAUGGAAUUCACAGGUUUACAUUCAGUCUUUCCAAAAGGCAAGCAGCCCAGUCUCUUCGAUUCACCUGCUGAGUGGUAUCUGAAGGCCAGACGGAGUGUUCAGAAGUUCACAGUCAAUCAGCUCGGGUUGUCUAUAUUUUCAAAUGAAAAAUCAAACAAGUAUGUUGCACACUCCUAUAACUUCUUCCUCUUCCCCACAACAUUUGGAGUCAUGGACUCUGAAUUCUCUUUCCAAGCAUCUAGCAUUCAGUUCCUGACGCAUUACGGUUUUGAUUAUAAUAAGUUUCUGAAAGAUGGAAUCCCAUAUAUGAAUGAGGUACAGGAGAAGAAACUUCAGCAAGGUCUCUUAACUGGAAACUGGAAAGUUCGCAGCACUUUGGACAAGGAUAAAGUGAAAAAGGUGAUUGAUGAUGUGACACGCUGGGUGCCAUCAGCAGAAGAGGGAGGCUCUAUGGUGCUACAUGAUAUUAGUGGUUUUCAGAUAUUUGAGGUACAGCUGAUUCUGAGACAGGCACUUCCAGAUGUUUGGACAGAGCCUUUUGGAGACCAGAAGGUGAUGGUGAAAAAGGUGAGUCCACGGCAUCGCUGGCAUCUGGAGAACUCUUCUUAUGACUGCUGCCGAAAGGAGCUCGUUCUUCUCUCUGCCCGGGGUUUCACCAACCUCUUCCAGACCCUUGUUGAAGCCAAGAAGCCAGUGGUGGGACACAACAUGCUCAUGGACCUUCUGCAUCUUCAUGACAAGUUUUACAAGCCCCUCCCAGAAAGCUAUGAGGAGUUUAAAAGGAACAUUCACAGCCUGUUUCCUGUCCUCAUAGACACCAAGAAUGUAACAAAAUCAAUCUGGAAGGAAUUUCAGUUUCCUCGAGCAUCUAACCUUCUAGAAGUUUAUGAAAUCCUGUGCAGUGACCUAAAUCCCACCAACCCCACAUGUCCGGUGAUUGCCCAUGCAAGUGACUGUUCGAAAUAUGCUGACAAGAAAUCUCCCCAUGAGGCGGCCUAUGAUGCAUUUCUCUGUGGAUCAGUUCUUUUGAAAUUAGCUCACUUGCUUCUAGGCAGAAUGCCAUGUGACACACUGGAGACUGGUCCCUCUUUCUUUCAGUAUCUCAAUGCAUUAACCAAGUACCUGAACCAGGUGAAUCUGAUCCGAGCUGGCGUUUCAACAAUCAAUUUCUCUGGCACAGAUGUCCCUAGCCAACGUCCACCUCUUCUGAUUGCCAGUGUUUGGGGAUGGCCUGGGGUGGAUGAAGAACAGAUCUAUCAAAAGUUAAAAGCUCUGUGCAAGUUUGAUGUCAGACGACUGACCGAGAACCAAUUUCUGUUGCUCUCCAAUAAAUUUAAGGAUGUCAGGGUUGUUCUGCGAGAUUAUAAAGCUCACCCCAAUUUGCGGAUUUCACUCUAUCGCCACUGGAGACACUCACCACAAGUGAACUGCUUGCUACAAAUUUGUGGGAUUGUGGCAUCAUGGUCUCUUCUGGCCUUUGUGUUUGGAGGAUCUCCAUGGUAUGCCAUGUAAAAGAUUAUCUUCUGGAAAAAUCUCAGGGACAUCUUUCCGAUCUAUGUGCUUUUCACCAGGAUGCUGCUUGUGGUUUUUUUUUUU